AUGAAUUCCCGCCUUGAUACACGAUCCGCGCAAACGCGCAAACGCAUCGAGAACCAUACCUUUGAAGAUGAAGCCGGCGACGAGUACGAAGCUUCAAAAUUUGGUGGCCACAGAGAGUAUCUGCGCCGGAAGAGGAUCAAGUUGCAAAACUUGGACUCGGAAUUGCGCGCUCGAUCUGAUAAUCCACCCAUUUUCAAGGGCAUUGUGGUUUACGUUAACGGCUACACCCAACCUUCACUAAAUGACCUUCACACCAUGAUCGUCGCUCAUGGUGGCGGCUUUGCGCAAUACCUGGAUGGCAAGACUUUUGUGACACACAUCGUCGCCAGCAGCCUUACGCCCAAGAAAGCUGUCGAGUUCAAACGAUAUAGAAUCGUCAAACCUGCUUGGAUCGUCGAUAGUAUCGCAGCUGCAAAGUGUCUCCCAUGGGACAACUAUCGCGUUGUCGACGAAGGUGUUGGUCAGAAAGUGCUUGCUUUCAACAAUGGUCAAAUGUCGAGUCAGGUUAAUAGACAAGUAAGAGGCUACAGAGACCAAACCGACAACAGCUGGUAUACUAGCCAGCUCAAAGGUUUGCAAACAGGUGCUCCUAGCCAGACAUCUUCACAAAGACCUUCUUUUCUCAAAGGUCCGCCAGCGCCCACCAAUCCUCCGACAGUGACGCCUGAAUACGAUGAUAUACAUGAUUCGGAUUUCGAGGCGCUGGACGAGGACAAGGAAGAUGCGUCAGACUAUGUGGAAUCUGCUCUUGAACGGAAACCACUCGACCAAGAACCGCAUACUCCUCCACGUACUAGCUCUGCAGAAGGGAAUCUCGAGCCAGAUUCGAUACCGCCUCAUUCUACGUCACCGUAUGGUCAGGAUGCUUCAUCAGCAGACAGCACGAAACAGACAACCAUGCCGGAAGCAGAACCUCAGCAGAAAGCUACGGAGUUGACUGCCGAAGAGCACAACGCCAUUCUCCUGGCUGAUCCGCGUCUCCGCAAAUCGACAGUUGUCAAUCCAGAAUUCCUUCAACAGUAUUACCGAGAAUCACGGUUGCAUCAUCUGUCAACCUGGAAAGCAGAUCUGAAGUCACAACUUCAGGCGCUCACAGCCGAAAAGUCUGCCUCUCAGAAGACCCGUCCGAAGCGUCCUGUCGGUGCUCGUCGUUAUAUCAUGCACGUUGAUUUCGACAGCUUCUUCGCCGCUGUUUCGUUGAAAAAGCAUCCGCACCUCAAAGACAAGCCUUGUGUGGUUGCUCACGGUACCGGCUCUGCUGGUGGCAACGGAUCUGAGAUCGCAUCUUGCAAUUAUCCAGCAAGAGAGUAUGGUGUCAAGAAUGGAAUGCAAAGAGCUCAGGAACUGUGCCCUGAUCUCAAAGUUCUUCCGUACGACUUUCCAGCCUAUGAAGAGUCAAGCAGACAGUUCUACUCCGCUAUCCUGGAAACAGGGGGUCUGGUGCAAAGUGUAAGUGUAGACGAAGCGCUCAUUGAUAUCAGCAUUCAAUGUAUAGCCGUCGGCGGCACUGAUGGCGUUCGUCGAUCCGAGGGUAGCAACUACCGUGAGCAGUCUGAGGCAGACCGCAUUGGCCGAGAGCUUCGAGAGGAAGUACUAAAGCGAACUGGAUGCAAUGUGUCAAUCGGCAUCGGAGGCAACAUAUUGCUCGCCAAAAUUGCCCUUCGAAAAGCAAAGCCAGCGGGACAAUUUCAGCUCAAACCUGAGGAUGUUCUCGACUUCAUUGGCGCUCUCGAAGUUCAGAGUCUACCAGGUGUCGCUUAUAGUAUUGGCGGCAAGCUGGAGGAGGUUGGCGUCAAGUACGUCAAAGACAUUCGUGAGCUCUCAAAAGAAAAACUAGUCAAUACGCUUGGUCCAAAGACGGGCGAGAAGAUCUGGGAGUACAGCCGAGGCAUCGACAGAGCUGAGGUUGGCGAACAAGUUGUUCGCAAAUCAGUGUCCGCGGAUGUGAACUGGGGCGUCCGCUUCGAGAAUCAAGAGCAAGUUGAUGAGUUCAUGGUCAGUCUCUGCGGGGAGCUGCAAAAACGACUGAUCAAGGAGAAUGUAAAGGGCAGACAGUUGACUGUCAAAGUCAUGCGACGGUCUCCUGAUGCUCCUCUCGAUCCUCCAAAGCAUCUUGGCCACGGCAAGUGCGACACUUACAAUAAGAGUAUCCAACUUGGCGUCGCAACCAACGACAGUGCCAUUAUGACCAAAGAGGUCUUGACAGUGAUGCGCAGUUUCGGUUUCAGUCCUGGGGAACUUCGCGGAAUAGGAAUUCAGAUGACCAAGCUGGAGCCUCUCAAAGCUGGAACGGAUGGUCGCGCUGACAGCAGCCAACCGCGCUUGCAAUUCAAGACAGCUCAAACCACCCGACCGAAGUCGGAUACUACUUUUGAGGCCGAGCAGACUGAAGAUCCUAUCACAGACGACAUCAAGACGCCAAAGAGGAACAAAGUACGAGACGUUUGCGGCUCAAGCUUUCUAAACAACAUUGCCAUCGACCAAUCACCGAGCAAAAGACCCCUAAAUAUCUACGGCACGCAAUUUGCGCUUCCAACCCAAGUCGAUCCUAGUGUACUCGCUGAGCUGCCAGAAGAGAUUCGAGCCAGACUUAUCAGACAUUCACGUCCAAAGCAGAUCCCGGAUAAUCAAGUUGAUGGCCGUAAAAGUCCAACGCCAGCGAAGAACCCUCCUCGCGUAGCUCCAGCAGCGAUAACUUUACCCAAUCAAUCGCAACUUGAUCCAGAGAUUUUGAACUCGUUGCCUGAAGAUGUCCGUCGAGAUGUCAUGGCAAUGUACCAGACCACAACAACAUCACCACGUAAGGGACAAGAUCAAACAAUUCUUCCACAAUCACCACGCAAAAAUCGCAUUAUCCCUCCAGUCAAGAAGCUGGGUGGAAGGAAACCUCGCGGUGGAGGUUUGUUUGCCAGGGCCAGAGCCAGCAACGGCAACUCCACACUCACACAAGCCAACUUCGUCGCCGGAGAUACGGAUACAGACGACAUGAGCGCCGCAGAGGAAAUCGACGAAGACUUUCUCGCAGCCCUACCUCCCGAAAUCAGAAAAGAGGUCUUGGACGAACGAAGAUCAGCACAACUCCGACGUUCUGGCGGCAUCGAAGCCACAAAAUCACGAACAGGAAAACGACAAGAAACACCUGCCAAUACGAUAGAACGAUUUUUCCAGUUGCCUCCUCGACCACAGAAACCGACUUUCACCUCGAAUAAGCUGACAGAACUUCCGGAUUUGAGAAAAGCAGUCAGAGAAUGGGUCAAGGAGUUUUGGGAUGAGGCGCCGUAUGCGGAAGAUACGGCUUCUUUGGUGACGUAUCUGGUGGCUGUGGUUAAGCAAGAGAGGGAUGUCGAUAAAGCUGUCAAGGUUGCCAAAUGGCUAGGGUUGAUGGUUGAACAAGAGGUUUUGCAAAAGGAGAUUGGAGAGGAUGUCAAAGAGGGGUGGGGGCAAGCUUGUUUGGAAGUCAGGAAUGGCGUUCAGGAUGCUAUUGUUGCUAGGGGGUUGCCUGAGGUGGAUUUUGGUUGA